AUGAACCAGCGCGAGGCAUCGGAGGACGGCGUCCAGCCCGCGAGCGAUGCCAAAGAGCUGCGCGAAGAAGAUGCGCUCGCAGCGGCGCAAAUCGGGAUGACGGCGACGCGCAGCAAGUUGGAGAAGCUCAUGAGCGGCUUCACCACUUUCGACGACGUCAUGCGCAUCGGGACGCGGCAACGCCGCGAGAAGGACGAGUAUCGGUUGGCCGAGAUGCGGCAGGAAAUGGGGCGGCUGGAGCACAAACUGGAGGCGGAGAUCAAGAAGCGCAUCGAGAUGAACAAGUCGCUGCAGAACUACUGCGACGAGCAGGUGGCGCACAUGACGGAGGCCUUCGAGGCGCUGCUGAGCGACCGCGCCAAGCAGGUGGAUGACCGACUCGACCGCCUGACGCAGGAGAUCAACGACCUGCAGGCGCUCGUGGCCAAGGAGAAGCGCGACAUCCCGCUCAUGAUCGAGAACAAAACGAACGAGCUGACGCAGAAGCUCGUCGCCUUCAUGGACGCGUUCGAGGAGGAGAGACAGCGACGAACGAACCAGGAGGCGAUGAUUCUCAAGCGCCUGAGUGACCAUGAGCACCACACGGCGGAAACCUUCGAGCGGGAGCGGCAUGACCGCGAGCUAAAGUACUCGACCCUGAAGAACGCGCUGGACACGUACAGCUCGACUCAGAUACGCGGGGAUGAACGCUUUCACGCGUUCGCACAGGAGGAGAUCGCCAAGAUACAGAACGCUCUGGUGGCUGAAGCGCAGGCUCGCGAGCGCGAAGACGACGAGAUCGUGGAGGCUCUCAACCGCUACACCGCCAAACUGCAAGACAGCCUCAAGGUCAUCACGAGUCCAGAUGCGUAGAAUGCACAGGACGAUUGCUCGAAUGUCCAUGUAGAAUGCUAUGU